UACUCGCCACUUCAUCACGCCAAGCAUAUGCCCUCUAAAUAUUCUUUACUAAACCCCCCUCCCUCAGCUCCUUCAUUAUAUGUCUCAUGUACACACACUUAUAAAAACACCUCCCCACCUCUCCUCCUCCUCCUCCUCCUCCUCUCUCUCUCUCUCUCUCUCUCUCUCAUUCGCACGUACUUUCGCCCCCCUCUUUCGCCCUCCAUCCUUAGCUCGGCUCGAUCGACUUGCCCGCUAGUUGGAUCCGAUGAAGUUCGGGAAGCGGCUGAAGCAGCAGAUCCAGGAGACAUUGCCCGGGUGGUGCGACAAGUUCUUGUCCUACAAGGAGCUCAAGAAGUUGGUGCGGCUCAUCUCCUCCGCCCCGACCAGGCUGGGGGGCCAGGCUGGCGCCGAGUACGGCAAGGCCGAGGCCGAGUUCAUGUACCUGCUGCACGGCGAGAUCGAGAAGUUCAACUCCUUCUUCGUCGAGAAGGAGGAGGAUUUCAUCAUCCGGCACAGGGAGCUUCAGCAGAGGAUCCAGAAAGUGAUUAGAACCUGGGGAGAGAAAGGAAGUCACCCUUCGGAGAAGCUCUACAAGGAGGAGAUGACCAAGAUCAGGAAGGACAUCGUCGACUUCCACGGCGAGAUGGUGCUGCUGAUGAACUACAGCAACAUCAACUACACAGGGCUGGCCAAGAUAUUGAAGAAGUACGACAAGCAGACGGGCGGGCUGCUGCGCCUGCCGUUCAUACAGAAGGUCCUGGAGCAGCCCUUCUUCACGACCGACCUUGUGUCGAAGCUGAUCAAGGAAUGCGAGAGCACAAUCGACGCGGUUUUCCCCAUGGAGGUGCACGAGAUGGCGAGGCCCGACGGGGAGGCGGCAGGAGUCUCCGACUCCGUGCCCGGAGAAGGGAUCUUCCGGAAUACCGUGGUCGCGCUGAGGACGAUGCAGGAGAUGAGGAAAGGCAGCUCGACGAUCAGCCAGUUCUCCCUGCCCCCGCUCAACCUGCCGGAUUCCGAUCUCGCCCGAUUCUUGCAGCUCAAUUCUCCCAUACAGAUAUCUUAAUGCCUAGGAUUUACUUUGCCAUACCACUAUAUAUGAUACUGUUAGAUAUCAGCAGCGACAUCGCGCCGCGUUCUCAUGUGCCCUUCGAGAUGCAUACCAUCCGCGACGAGUAAGCUACGGGCUUUUAUAAGUAGAGAUCCGAGAGAAACUGACUUGUAUAAUUCGAAUCUUUGCCACGAUCUAAUGGAUGCAAUAAAGGGUAUAGAUAAUUAAGUCGUGCUA